AUGGCUCGCGCAGGGUGGACCAGCCCCGUUCCUUUAUGUGUGUGUCUACUGCUGACCUGUGGCUUUGCUGAGGCAGGGAAGCUGCUGGUAGUGCCCAUGGAUGGGAGCCACUGGUUCACCAUGCAGUCAGUGGUGGAGAAACUUAUCCUCAGGGGGCAUGAGGUGGUUGUAGUCAUGCCAGAGGUGAGUUGGCAACUGGAAAGAUCACUGAAUUGCACAGUGAAGACUUACUCAACCUCGUAUACUCUGGAGGAUCAGAACCGGGAAUUCAUGGAUUUUGCCCAUGCUCAAUGGAAAGCACACGCACAAAGUAUAUUUUCUCUAUUAAUGAGUUCAUCCAGUGUUUUUCUUGACUUAUUUUUUUCGCAUUGCAGGAGUUUGUUUAAUGACCGAAAAUUAGUAGAAUACUUAAAGGAGAGUUCUUUUGAUGCAGUGUUUCUGGAUCCUUUUGAUACCUGUGGCUUAAUUGUUGCUAAAUAUUUCUCCCUCCCCUCUGUGGUCUUCACCAGGGGAAUAUUUUGCCACUAUCUUGAAGAAGGUGCACAGUGCCCUGCUCCUCUUUCCUACGUCCCCAAUGAUCUCUUAGGGUUCUCAGAUGCCAUGACUUUCAAGGAGAGAGUAUGGAACCACAUCAUGCACUUGGAGGACCAUUUAUUUUGCCAGUAUCUUUUUAGAAAUGCCCUAGAAAUAGCCUCUGAAAUUCUCCAAACCCCUGUCACGGCAUAUGACCUCUACAGUCACACAUCAAUUUGGUUGUUGCGAACGGACUUUGUUUUGGACUAUCCCAAACCCGUGAUGCCCAACAUGAUCUUCAUUGGUGGUAUCAACUGCCAUAAGGGAAAGCCAUUGCCUAUGGUAAGUCACCUCUCCUUUAGCACAUUAAGAAUAAUCUGGCUUUGGAAAUGA